AUGGUUGAGACCACUGACCCACCACACUCUACUGAGGACAGUGCUGGGAAGAAAGACGCCCUUGAUCUUGGAAAAGUUGAAAGUUGCUCAGCUGGCCAGCAGUUCCAGUAUGCUGAACGGGCUGGAACAAAAAGAAACAUCAAGUCUCGCCAUGCCCAAAUGAUGGCCAUCGGCGGUGCCAUUGGCACGGGCUUCUUUGUUGGUGCUGGCCAGGCGCUUGCAAUUGGGGGACCAGGCUUCCUCCUACUUGCCUAUGGACUUAUGUCCCUUCUUGUUUACGGCGUAUUCACUGCAGUGAUUGAGAUGAGCACGUACCUUCCCAUCCCGGGGUCCUCGAUUGCAUACUACUGUAGCCGCUACGUCUCAUCAUCUCUUGGCUUUGCCUUAGGUUGGCUCUACUUCUACUCGUUCGGGAUCAUCGUCGCAUACGAAAUCACCGCUGCCAGCCUUGUGAUCAACUACUGGCCAAACAAUGUUCAUAUCGCCGUAUGGGUUACCGUCCUUUUGGUCGUCAUCGUAGGCCUCAACCUCUGUCCAGUGGGUGUCUACGCAGAGGCCGAAUUCUGGUUUGCAGGCAUCAAAGUAAUCAUGAUAAUCGGGAUGAUCAUCUUAUCCCUUGUCAUCAUGCUCGGCGGAGCACCCACUCAUGAUCGACUUGGAUUCAGAUAUUGGAAUGACCCUGGCGCAACGAAUGCUUAUAUAGUCACUGGAAGCGGCGGCCGCUUCACCUCCUUUCUUUACGUCUGGGUCUGGUCCGGCUUUUCCUUCUUCUUCGGACCAGAGCUGAUGGUAUUCACGGGUGGAGAAAUGCGGAAUCCACGCAAGAACCUCCCCAAAGCAUCCCGCCGAUACUUCGGUCGACUGGUCGUCUUCUACAUCCUUGGCACCCUCUCCAUGGGUGUAACCUGUCCCUCAAACGCCGAAGGCCUCACAUCCAACACCGGCGACGCCAACGCAUCGCCAUGGGUCAUCGCAAUCCGCAACGCCGGCAUCGCUGUCCUCCCCUCCAUCAUCAAUGCCUGCAUCCUCACCAGUGCCUGGUCCGCCGGUAACGCCUACCUAUACAUGUCGAGCCGAGCGCUCUACUCCCUCGCCGUGGCAGGCAACGCACCCAAGAUCUUCACCCGCUGCAACAGCUACGGCUUACCCAUAUACGCCGUCCUGGGCAGUAGCUGCUUCAGUCUGCUAGCCUACCUCAAUGCCGGCUCCCAGGCAGGGGAGGUCUUCAACUGGUUCGUCAGUCUCACCAAUACAUCAGGAUAUACCUCCUGGCUCAUGUGCUGCAUUAUCUUUCUUCGGUUCCGGAAGGCCUGCAAUGCUCAGGGUAUCGUUUUGCCUUAUCGUUCGCAUAUCCAGCCCGUUGCGGCGUGGGUUUGUCUCUUCGUUUUUACAAUCCUGUUGUUAUGUAAUGGGUUUACUGUAUUCUUUCCCGGUCGGUUUUCGGCCAGUGGGUUCUUGACGGCUUAUCUUGGGAUUCCGCUUUUCUUGGUUUUUUAUUUUGGACAUAAGUUGACAGUGGGCCGGAAGGCUCCUUGGGUAUAUAACUCAGAAGAUGUGGACUUGAGAUCUGGUGUUGACGAAGUUAAUGCUGAGGCUGAGACGUGGGCUAGAAUGGACGCUAUUAAGAGGGAGAAGAAUGGCACGCCGAAUGUGUUCUGGAGGAAGAUUUCUUUGCUAUGGUCGUGA